UCUGUGUACUCUUAAGUCAAGAGUCAAACACAAACACAAGGCUGGACUGUCCUUUCAUCGCGUCGCAGAGGGUUGAUGUACGUUUCAGUUAUAACAGCUAGGGAAUCAAUGACGAGAAGAUACAUAGAAAGUACUUUUCUUUUGAAACUUGUUUUUGUCUCUUCUCUCUAUGUCCCAUGCUUUUUACCCUCAAGAAUCCUGUCUUCUCUUUCUCACUCUCUCAAUUCCUCAGAGUUCAAACAUCCUCUUGCAAUGGCUGCCUCUGAUAGCCUUCCUCGUUUCUUCAAAGUUUUCAUCUCCCAUUUUAGCUCAGACUCUAUGCUUAUACCCAUCUCCUACUAUGAUGAACUUCCACGUCAUCUUCCCAAGACGGCUAUUCUCCAAGGCACUGGUGGAUGCGUUUGGAAGGUAGGCAUGACGCUGAAGCAAGAGGAAGAGGAAGUGUAUUUCGAACAGGGAUGGCCCAAUUUCGUUAAGGAUAAUGAUCUCGUCGAUGGAGACUUUAUGACCUUCGUGUAUAACGGAGACAACGUUUUCGAGGUCAGCAUCUAUGGCCUUGAUGGAUGUAAACAGGCUAGAGCAGUGGCUGAAUUGGAGGAUGAUGAAGAAAAAGAAGAUAGUAUCUGUGCUCUAAGUACAGAUGAUACAAGUGCUGAGUCCGAGGAGGCCAAUACAGUUCAGAGAAGCAAUGACAAAGGAAAGGCAAAAGUGGGAGCUGUGGAGGAUUCUGAUGAUGAGGAAGAAGACAGUGUUUAUUCUCUUAACAACAUCAAAGACACAGACACAGGCAGUUCUUCUGAAUUCGAAAUGGCCAAUACGAUCUUGAGAAGCAAGAACAAAGGAAAGUCGAAAGAAGAAGUGAUUAAGGAGGAAUCUGAUGGCAAAGAGGAUAGUGAUCAUUCUCUAAACAGUGAAGACGAAGAGACAGAAACUGGUUCUGAAUCCAAGAUGGCCAAGAACAAAGGAAAGAAGAAAAAGAAAGUUGUGGAGAGUUCUGACAGUGAUUAUGCUGAAGAGUUUGGUCGCUUGGAUUUGGAAGAGGACUCCAGCAGCAGUGACAGUUCCUAUGCUCCAGACAGUGAAGACACAGCCACUCAUGUCAAACGAAAAGUGAAAAGUCCAAAGAAGAAAGGUUCACAAGGAAAGUCCAAAGUGAUAAAAGAUGUGGUUGGAGUUGGUGACAGUUCUUGUGCUGUGGAAGGAGUCAAAAAGGAGAAAAAGACUAGGGAGAAAGUAAAGGCCAUAAUCGAAAACCCUGAGGUGUAUCUGGAUGAUCCAACGAAUAUACAUUUUGAGACGGGCGUGAAGAACAGGAAAUACGAGCUGCUGGUUCAUGCACAGCUGGUGAAAGACUACUGCCUAAGGUUUAAAGACUACAUCUCUUACAUCGACCCAAAGGGGAAACUAGAGGCGAAAACAGCCAAGUGGGGAGACCAACGUGUGUGCAUCAAAAAAUGGGCAAAGAUCUGCGAUAGGAACAAACUGAAGAAACAAGACCGUGUCGUGUGCGAGCUCUUGCGUAAGAAAGAUCUGGUUUACGCAGUUAAGAUCCACAUCAUCCGUGCGAAACAUUUGGUGUGAGUUUUGAGAAGAAAGGGACAUGGUCAUUAUGGAUUUUAGUUAUGUUUCUAGUAAUCAAAUGACUUUCUACUUAUGUAAUGAGUUUACAUCAUCUACAAGACCUCGAAUCAACUUUCAUUCGGUUCUGUGUUUUCAUUUCAGUUAAAAAAACUUGUUGUUUGGUU